GACACCACACACCCACCACCUACCACCACACCCCCACAAUACAUCACACCACCCCAUUUCACCACACCACAACUUACACCACACAGUGACACCCACCACACAGGGACACCACACCCCACAGGACACACACCCCACAGGGGGCACCACAACACACAGGACAACCACACCACAAAAGGUACAUCACACCACACAGGACACCACACCACACAGGACAAAAACCCCCACAGGACACCCCACCACAAGGACAAACCCCACCACACAGGACACCACACACCCCAGGACACGAACAACAGGACCCACAUCACACAGGACACCACACCACACUUUCACCACACCCAAAAAGAACCACAGCACACAGGGACACCACACCACACAUGGACACCAACAAAACAGGACAAAACACAGGACACCACAGCACAAGGAACACACACCACCAAGACACAAAGCACACAGGACACCAAGCACACAGGGAACACACACACAAAACACCCCCGCACCACACAGGGAAAACACACCAACAGGGACAAACACAAAGAGACACCACAGCACAAGGGAACCAAGCACACGUGGACACACACCAACAGAGACACCACACCACAAGGGCAACACACCACAAGGGACAAAGACCGACACAGGGACAAAACCCCACAAAAAAACAGGGACAACCCCACAACAAAAAG